GAGUGACUCGUUUUUACACCUCAGUGAUCGCAACUGCAGCUACUCAUACUUGCUCCUUUCAUCAAAGCGCCCCUUUCCGCGCAUUGUUUCGUGGAUCAGCUGUGCAUGGAUCUAAAACCCCACCCGAUUAGGAAGGAAAGAAGGAAAAAAAAAGCAAUAAUGACCGCAAGAAAAUAAGAGGCUUUAAAAACAAUUAACAUUCUGUAAGGCGUAAAAUCAAAACACCGCCGUUUAUAUUGCGAUCCUUGAGGACUGAAACGGGUUACAUCUUCGCAUUCCUCCCAUUUGAUCGCAGCGGCGGUGAAGACAUUCAGUCAGUUGAUAUUUUGCUACCCUAGCCACUCUCUCAAGAUGAUAGCCCUUUUUAACAAGCUGUUGGACUGGUUUAAACAGUUAUUUUGGAAGGAGGAGAUGGAGUUGACACUGGUCGGUCUGCAGUAUUCGGGGAAAACCACCUUCGUCAACGUAAUAGCGUCAGGGCAGUUCAGUGAGGACAUGAUUCCUACAGUGGGCUUCAACAUGAGGAAGAUCACCAAGGGCAACGUCACCAUUAAGCUGUGGGAUAUCGGGGGUCAGCCUCGAUUCCGGAGCAUGUGGGAGAGAUACUGCAGAGGAGUCAGUGCCAUUGUUUACAUGGUCGAUGCUGCAGACCCAGAGAAYAUUGAGGCCUCGAAGAAUGAACUGCACAACCUCCUAGACAAACCCCAGCUACAGGGGAUCCCAGUACUGGUUUUGGGGAACAAAAGAGAUAUUACGGGUGCCUUGGAUGAGAAGGAGCUGAUUGAAAGGAUGAACCUGUCAGCCAUCCAGGACAGAGAGAUCUGCUGUUACUCAAUCUCCUGCAAGGAAAAAGACAACAUUGACAUCACACUACAGUGGCUGAUCCAGCAUUCCAGAACCGGAGGACAAACAUGAGGCCUCAACUUACUGGAUGACCCGCCCCU